AUGCCAUCACUUCGUGUGGGGAGUCGCCUAAGGACUUACAAGCCAGGGCUCGAUCGAGUUGAAGCUUGGCCGGUCGAGUUGAGGAACUCGACCGGUUGGUCGAGUAGACGGUCGAGCUGGUCUUCAAGAUGGCUUCUCCCUUCUUCCUUUGCGUAUCCAGUUGAGCUGCUUCCAUGUGCCAAGUCCCUCCAUGCUCCUCAUGUCCCAUAUGCUCCAGAAUGCUCCAAAAGACCUAUUUCAAAGGACCAAACAUGCAUAUGCCUAUUCGGCGAACAUCGACAUUUUGUGGCGCUUCUCGGAACGUCUGUGCCUAGGACGGUUCGGGGGUGUUACAAAUGGUGGUAUCAGAGCAUGGUUCAUGAUCAUGCUCGGGAACAAGGAUUUUUAAAACGUUUUAUCGAGUCAAAAAGGAGUCGCAAAAACUACCUUAGUAUAGAGGUUAUGGUAACAUUGUGCAAUGUGCUUGAAGUCAUGAGUGACUGGUUUGUGGAUGAUGAGGGGUCGUGGUUUAGUACUGGGCAAGAGUGGACAGUGGAGUCUGGAUCGUCGAGCUCAGAACCAUCGAGCAAUUCGGAGCACUGGAUCGUAGUGACGGACUUGGAACAGCAGACACUAACAGAUCAUGAUAGCAGCAGUGAUUGGGACGAGGACGUAUAUCUUAUGCCGAGAGACAACGUGCAGCCCAGCACAACGGUGAAUGAGUAUGGCGAACACAUGACUUGGCCAGUACAUUACCCUGAGGAGGAGAGAGUAGUGCCAUCUACUCAGAUCAUAGAGAUCAGUUCAGGCGAGACUACACCAAACUCUUGGGAUAGAGAUAGUCCACCAAGUGUUCUACCGCAUAUACCAAUGCCGCAUGUAUUUGCACCGGGAGGUGGAGUAUAUCCGUACAUGCCAACGGAGGAGAAUCCAACGGACUACGUAUACCCGUUCAUUACCACGGGUGUAGAAAGCAAUGAUCCAGCCAUCGCAACUUCAAGUCAAUAA